CGUCUAUACUCAGCGGCAUAAGGAAAACUUUAUUAAUAGCAGACACUGGUUACCCUUCUAACCGUAAGCUAAGCUCUCGUAGUAAGAGUUAACCCAGAGUUCACCUCCACUCGAGCGCAAGCACUGCCUCCCGCCCCAAAACGUCGCACACGCUGUCCGUAUCGAUGCUGCUUCAAACGCCGCCGGUGUGUUCAGGAGGCCGCUUUACAACAGGGCCAAGACCACCCCUGCCUAUCCGCCCUCAUGGCUGUCGACAACGGCUUGUGGUCAGGAGCAGCGCAUCCAGCAACGCGGGCGUCAAAGAGGCGCUUGGGCAGCUAAAGCAAGGUCUGGCGGGCAAGCCCACCGUCGACCCAGCCUACAUAGAUGGCGCUGCCUACCUCAAAACCAUCGGCUUCACGAACCAGGCCGAAGUAGCGCGCGUGCUGGACAUUGCCAUGAACCCCGACUCACUCUUCCUGUCGUACGGUGACGGCCGCCGUACCAAGAACGCCAGCGCUCGCAAGCUGGAUGUGGAUGCCGACAUGCGGCCCGUGGUGGAGUUCCUGCUGUCACAGGGGGUGGCGGUGGGGGACGUGGCCAAGGUCAUCAGCAGCCACCCGCCCGUGCUCAGCUACAGCGUGCCGGGGCGGCUGGAGCCCUUCUGGACCUACCUGGCCAGCAUCGGGGUGCCGGACGUGGCGGCGGCGGUGACGCGGCGCCCCUCGCUGCUGGGGCUCACGGCGGACGAGCACCUGCGCAAGAUCGUGGAGUACCUGCAGUACACGCAGACGCCGCCGGAGACCAUUGUGGAGUAUGUGGUGAAGAG